CUUCAUAACAUACCAACUUCUUUUUUUAUUCAAUCAAUAUCCUUUCUAAUUCAAAAUCUCAACUUUCUUGCUCUCCGAGUUUUUUUUUUUUACAUCAAUGGCGGCUCAACGCAAGAUCAGCCGUUGGUCUCUGUUAGGCAGGCUGCGGACCGCCGUAAAGAAGGUCACAUUCCUUCUCAACUUCAACAUGAACCGGUUACGGCUUGCCUCCUCCAUGGUUCGUGGUGGUAAUCUGAGCAGCAGGCGGCUCAGCUUCAACGAACGCUAUGGCUUGACAUCCAUCAUGUCUUCCUCCUCCGACGAAGAUUACACAAACUGGCGGUCUCCAACAGCUUCUUCGUCUCCAGAUCAGCAAGGUGAUCAGCUACAGAAGACCAGAAGCUUUCCCUUGCAACGAACCACAAGUUUCCCUGAAGAAGAUGAUAUUGAUAAGAAAGCUGAGAUGUUUAUCGCCAAUUUCUAUCGACAACUACGGAUGGAAAGACAAGUAUCUUUGCAGCUCAGGUACAACAAGGAUAAUACAACAUCCAAUACUUAUUCACCAUGAAUGUAUAUAUAAAGAUCAGUCUUAAUUUUCUGUUUCCAAAAGUAAAUAAUGAAGUUUUUGGUGGUGAUGUCGUUCUUGAGCAAUUAUUUUGGCCAUGGGAAUGACUAUGGAUCAGAUCGAUGAAUCAGAUUUUGAGAAAAGACUCAACGAUUUGAUCAUAUAUAUAUAUAUAUGGAGGUCAUCAUUUUGGUGUUGAGAUCUUCAUUUGUAAUAUUAGUAUUCGGGUUUGUUUGUUCUUUAAAUUUGUUGAUUUUUUUAUCGAGUUGUAGGGAAAAAAGAAAAGAAUUUGGCUGCUUUAUUGUUCUUGACUGAAAUUUUCUACCGAACCACAUCCUUCUUUAAGUCUUGUUCAGUUGGGAUAUGUAAUUAUUCAUCCUUUUCUACUUUGAUCUUCU